ACGAAGAUGGUUAGUGGUCGCUCGAGCGAAGUGAUACCGCUGCCCUUUAAGCCUGAUAUAAACAUGUAACGCAGACUUAAUUUCCUCUUUUAGUCCACCAUUAAGAUGAAACAACGGUGAUACAUCUCCAUGCGUCAUUGAAUAAGUCCUGCAUCUGAGGUUAAACCAUGCUGAAGUGGUUUUCUGGAGAGGAGGGUGGAGGUGCCCAGGGUGCCCCAGGCUCUCCUCAGGGCAGUGCUGGUGGAGGAAGUCCAGCGCUGUCAGAGGUGACGGAGCAGCUGGCCCAGACCCAGCAGCUGGUUGCCCAGCUCAAGGAGCUCAUCCGGGAGAAGGAUGCAGUGCUGGCCACCAAAGACGAGCAGCUCAAGGCAGAGAAAGAGUCCGGUGAGGCCAAGCUGUCUAAGAUGAGGCUGCAGCACAAGGCGAAGGUCACUUCCCUCAACUCCCAGCUGGAGGAGCUCAAGAAGCAGCGAGGCGACACCCCUGGCAAGGCCGCCCCACCACAGAUGAAACGGAGUGGCAGUGGGGAGAGCGGAGAGGCUGAGUCAUCGGGGGCGAGUCGAGGAAAGAUCCUUCUGCUGAAGAAGAAAGUGGAGGAGCUGGAGCAGCAGCUGUCUAAGAGAAAUGAGGAGCUGGGAGUUAAGACUCGAGAGCUGGAGGCCCAGCGUGAACGUGGCUCUGAAAUGGAUGCGAUGCUGGUGGAGAAAGACCGGCGAUUGGCUGAGAAAGAGGCCUACAUAGUCCACCUGCAGGUGGCAGUGUCUGGGGAGCACCCUCAGACUGCCACAGCCCCAGUCACUCAGGACAGCAAGGUUCAGUCAUCAGAAGACCUUGGCUCUGCUCAGGAGCUCCAGCUGCUGGUCCAGAGUCUUACUAAGAAAGUGGGGGAUGGAGAGGAAAGAUACAGCCUCCUCCAGGAGCAGGCCGAUAGCCUUAAGGCCCUGGUGGAGACUGAGAAAGUUCAGUACGAAGAGAAGGAGAACAUGUACAAGCAGAAUAUCCAAACCUUCAAGGACAUUAUCAUGCAGAAGGACAAUAAGCUGGCAGAAGUGAACCAGCAGCACGAGCAGGAACUCUUCAAACUGGCAGCAAAAUCAGAUGCCAGUGCAGAUCUUGAACAGCUUCUGAAGGCCUUGAAGCAGAAACUGCAUGAAAAGGAGGAGGUGUUGCUGGGGAAGGCUCAGGUGAUUGAGGUCCUCCAGGGCGAGGUGGAUGGCAGAGACCAGCAGAUUAAGGAGCUGGCCGAGCGGAUGCGGCGUCUGCAGGGCGAGCGGGAGAACCUGCAGUCCAAGCUGGAGGCGGAGAAGCACGUGAUGCGCGCCCAGCUGAGGGACCUCAUGCAGAAGCACGAGUUCGAGCUGCGGCGCGUCACCGAGAAGCACGAGCAGGAGUUGUCCGAGAAGGAGCAGGCUCUCCGCGGGCAGCUCCAGGACCUCCAGAGGAGCCCUGCUCCACCUGCCCCGGGGGUCACGACCCCUGAAGCUCACGUGAACGCAGGCUCCGCACAAAGACUCUCAGAGCUGGAAGCCCAAGUUAAAGUUAAAGCAGAGGAUGCCAGCAAGUCAGAGGCAAAGUUCUUGAAGAUGAAAGCAUGGUCUAAGACUCGCAUCCGACAACUGGAAGAUGAACUGAAGAAGGCCCACUCUGGAAGCUCAGCCCCAGACAUUUCAGUCCUCCGUAGCCGUGUAACCGAACUGGAAGAAGAGAGAGAGGAGAUGCUUUGCAAACUGGAUCAGUAUGAUGACCUAAGAGCCAAAAACGAUCUGCUGGAGGCCAAGCUGGUUGUGUACGAGGAGCAGCAGAGGAAGAUGCAGGCUGACUUGGAGCAGGUCACCAAGAGGGCUGCCUCUCAGGCCAGCGAGUCUGGCAGCGUGGACGAGCUGCAGAGUCACGUCCUGGAGUGGCAGGAGAUGGUGUCCAUGGUGACGGAGGCGGAGGCGGUGCGGGACCAGGCCCGCGAGGAGAAGAACGCCAUGGCUCUCCGGAUGAGCCACAUCGAAGAGGAGAGAGAGGCGCUGGCCAAUCGGCAGCAGGAGUUGGAGGAGGAGCUGGCCCAGGCACGAGGGCUCCGUCAGCAGAGGGUCAAGAAGCUGGGAGACCCUGCCACCCGCAGCUUACAGGACGACCUGGAGUUUGACGGUCAGCAGUCGUUCCCUGAUCCCACCAGUCCGUCGGGCAGCACUACUCCUAUGGAGGGAGAGAACAUGGGAGAUGGCUUAAGGUCUGUAGUAGAGGAGUUGGAGGUGGAGAGAAAUCAACUUCAGGAGCAAAUCAUUGCACUUGAGGACCGCUGUCAAGACCUAGAGGACAGGCUGCAACUACAAGCUCGGAUUGAAUCCUUGCAGGUGACGUUUGAUGUAAAUGAAGAAGGGAGACCAUAUUGGGUUUGUCAGAAUGAGUCUGAGAAACUUCAGACUCAGUUGGCAAGCCUCCGUAGUCAACAGACCAGAGAUGCUGAAAAACACCAACUCCUUGUUACCAGUCUCAAUGAGCAGCUGAAAGGAUUGAGUGAUACACAAGAGUGCCUGGAAUCUUCUCUAAUCGAGAAGGAGCACACACUUGCCAAAACCUCAGAGAAACUGGAACUCAUUGAGAGUCUCCGAGAUGCCCUUCGAGAGAAGGAGGAGCAGCACAAGGAAGUGUCGGAUAAACUUAUUCAAACUGAACAUAAUCUGUCUGACAUCACCAGGAAAUGCAGCACUUUUGAGAAACAGUGCUCUGAGAUGAAAACAACAGUAACAGAUCUCACACAGAAGCUGACUUUGCUCAAAGAAAAGACACAGAAGCAAGAAGCUACCAUGGAAUCUCUACAGGGUGACUUGGAUCAAACAAAUGAUGAGCUUGAUAAGCUAAACUCCACACAUUUGGAGGAAAGAGCUCAGCUAAUUCAUGAUCUCCAGAGUUGUGAGAGAGAGAUUGACAACCUCAAAGACACUCUCUUAGACAAGGACAAGGAAAUAUCUGCUCUUUCUGGUAGCAUGGCAGAGUAUGCAGAACAAAUCCAAGUGCUGAAACUAGAGAUUAAGCAUAAAGAAGAGGACCUUGUCCGAAUUGAAGGUGCCCUGAGCAAAGCUGAACGCGAAGCUCAGGUUAUCCGUGACUCUCAGUCAUCUGAUCAGCAAUCCCUGAAUGCCAAGAUGUCUGAGCUAAUGGAACAGCUGAAGUCCACCGAGAGUGAGUUCGAGAAUGCCAAAAACGAAAAGGAUUUGAAGGUGACCGAGGUGAAUGAUUUGACAAAACAAGUUAAAGAGGACAGGCAAACCAUUCAAGGUCUGAAUGUGGAAAUACAGAAGCUGAUGGCUGACCACCGUAACCAUCUCUCAGACUGUGAGCCCCUGGUUUCAUCCUUGAAGGAGCAGGUCUCAUUUGGCUCCCAGAAGUUACAAGAGUCCGAGAGUCUCCUUUUGCAGCUCAAGGAAGCUGCAGCCUCUAAUAGCAAACUGAAAAAGGAGCUGCUGGAGAAAGAGCAAACUUAUGAGAAAGAACUGAAGUCUAUUAAAGAUGAGAAAAACAGCCUUCUUGUUGAGGCUAGCAAGCACAAUAAUGACCUCCAGACCAUCUCAAAGCAACUUCAGGAACAGGUGGAGAGUCAGAAAGAAAAAUCAGAAAUCAUAACAACUCUAGAGAAACAACAGGAGGAAUCGGAGAGUCAGUUAGUGAAACUGAAUGUUGAGCUUAAAGCCAAAGAUCUGGAUAAAGAAAAGCUUGAAAAGGAACUUGCAGCAAAAUCUGAAAGUGUCUCUCAGUUGAGAACAAACUUGAAGACUUUGAAAAUAGAAAAACAGAAACUGCAAAAAAGUCUUGAGGAAAAAUCUGAAGAGUCCAAUGUCCAGAAGCAGCAGCUGGAAGAACUGUCAGGAAAAAUGGAAGUCACUGUGAAUGAGAAUGGAGAAAUACAACUACAGGUGAACAGUCUAAAAGGGGACAAUGCCAAACUCCAGCAGGAAAUUGAAGAGAAAAUCAAAUCUCUCUCUGGGCUUGCUGAAGAGCGAGAUACUUUGAUCAAUAAAGUGUCUAGUCUUGAAAUGCAGCAUUCUGAGAAUUGCAAAAUAAUAAAGGAGCUGACAAAGGAAAAAGAUGAGCUAAAUCUGAAAGCCAGUGAACUGAGUAAGGUACUUGAGCAGAGCAAACAGACAGUUACUGAAAGCCUGCUGGAGAAAACAAACGAAUGUAAUGAACUGAAUAGAUUGCUUCAGGAGAGCCAGACAGCAUCUUCACAGUUAGCGGAUCAAGUUCACAACUUGCAAUCUCAGGUGGACCGCCUUAACAUAACCUCACAGGAGAAGGACAAAGCCAGUGCUGAUCAGCAUUUACAAAUGGAGACUCAACAAUCCCAAGUCAUUCAACUGCAGGAGACACUAUCUCUCCUUCAAGAGCAGGGGGCUGCCUUGAAAUCAGGACUAAUGGAGAAGGACACCAUGCUGCAGCAGCAAGCCACGGAGCUGUCUUCACUGCAGACUGAGCUUCAGCAACAGAAAGACUGUGUGUCAAGACUCCAGAGUGAGUCAGAGAAUCUUAAAGCAGAGUGUUCACGUCUAAAUCAGACUAUUGAAGAAAAAGAGGCAAAGCUCAGCACCAUGAGCCAGGAGUGUCAAAGCCAUACAGAGGAGCUGGACAAAAGAAAUGAGUCAUUGGUUUCUCUAAGCAGUCAAUUGGGCACUGUUAAUGAAAGCAAUUUAAAGUUGGAGUCUGAUUAUGCCAGCUUGAAAGGCUCCUUAGAUAUGCAUGUCUCUGAUAACAAUAAGUUGAAGGAAGCAGUGGCCCAGAGACAUGCUGAAGCUGUUGCAUUACAAAGCCAUGUUCAGGCCGUAACGGCACAGAAUCAGCAGUUGAGAGCUCUUUAUGACAACAAAGAGAAAGAAUUAAGUGAACUUCAACAGGUUGCAUCUGAGCUUAAUAAUAAGGUUGCCUUGUUAAACGAGCAAAAUGGUAACCUCGACUCCCAGGUCUCUAGUCUUUGUGAGCAAAAUAGAAAGCUCCAACAAGAAAAUGAUGACAUGUCUAAGCAGAUCUCCAGUGCAAGUGAAGAGAACACUUCUUUACAAAACAAAUUAAGUGGCCUAGAAAUGCAACAUUCAGAAAACCGCAAGAUCAUAGACGGUCUGAUGAAAGACAAAGAGCAGUUGUCCUCACGUACAGAAGAACUAAACACUGUUCUGGAACAGAAUAAACAGUCAGUCUCAGAGAGUCUUUUGGAAAAGACAAAUGAAUGUAAUCACCUGAAAAAGUUACUUGGUGAAAGAGAGGAGACAGUCCACGGUUUACAGAAGCAACUGGAGUUCUCAGACUCUCAGUUAAAGGAUCUCAAAGACACAGUUUCUGAAAAGGAGAAAGUUUGUUCUAAUCAAAUAACACAGUUGCAGACAUAUGCCAGCCAGGAGUCUCAACUACAGGAGACUCUGACUCUCCUUCAGGAGCAGGGAAUUGCCUUGAAAUCAGGACUGAUGGAAAAGGACACCAUGCUGCAGCAGCAAGCCACAGAGCUGUCUUCACUGCAGACUGAGCUUCAGCAACAGAAAGACUGUGUGUCAAGACUCCAGAGUGAGUCAGAGAGUGUUAGAACAGAGUGCUCACGUUUAAAUCGGACCCUUGAAGAAAAAGAAGGAACACUCAGCAACAAGACUCAGGAGAGCCAGACCCUAAAUGAGGAACUCAACAAGAGAAAAGACACCAUUGUUUCCCUCAGCAGCCAGUUGGGUGACAUGAAUGAAAACUUUGUGAAGCUAGAGACUGAAAAUGCUGAUCUGAAAAGUUCUGUGGAUAAUAGCAUGUCUGAAAAUGUCAAGCUAAAGGAGGAGUUGCAGAAGACACAAAAUGAGUUGGUGGACCUUAAAGACAGUAUGCAAGCCCUAAAUGAACAGAACAGUAAACUGAAAGCUGACAUUCAGAAGACCGUGGUUGAGGCAUCAGACAGAAGAGAAGAGAUCAUUAACAUCAAGAAUGAACUUUCUGUUGCCAACAAGUUGACAGAAGACUUGCACUUAACUUUGCAGCAAAAAGAAGAAUCGCUGAAACAGCAAAGCAUGCUCAUUGAACAAUUGCAAGCCAAGUCUGUCGAGGGUGAAGGUGAGAUAAAUCAGAGUAUGGAGACUAUUGUCAUGCUGCAGAAAGAAGCACAGAGUUUGCAGGCUGCUGUCCAGAGCAAAGACACCCUCUUGUUUGAGAAGGAAAGAGAUCUCACUGUGUUUAAGGAUAGGUUAGUAUUGGAGUUGGAGGAAUCAAAGGGUCAGCAGCUUAAGCUUCAGGAUGAGUUAAACAGGAUGACAGAAAGUACCAACCAGCUUGGCAUGAGGGUAGCAGCACAGGAUGCUCAGCUGAAGCAGAAAGUGGAUGAGUGUAUGACUCUAAAAGAACGUGUUUCAGAGCUUUCAGAUUCAAAUUCACUCUUACAGAGUCAGGUUGAAACUCUCAACUCUAAUUUGAGAGAAAAGGAGGACAUAAUAGGAGAUGUGAAGAGUUCCUCUUCAGAAUACAGUAACAGCCUAAAAGCCAAAGAAUCAGAAUGUGAAUCCUUAAAAGAACAGGUUUCCAGUCUUAGUGAGUCAGUCGAACAACUGAAAAAUAACCUCAGUGCUCAGACUUCGGAGAUGUCUUCCCUUCAGUUGGCCCUUGAGGAGAGCAGGACAUCCAUGGCUGAACAGCAUAAAUGCAUUGAUAACCUGCAGAGAAUAGCAGACGAGUCAGCUCUCUUUAAGGCUCAGUUCAUGGAGAGUACAGAGCAGGUGACUGUUUUGCAGAGCCAGAUCAUGGGAGCUACCCAGGAGACUGAAAGCCUCACUAAGUUAGCUGAAGAGAGACAAAGUGCCUUAGUCAAUCUCCAAGAAAAGUUUGCAUCACAUUCUGAGGAGCUGCAAACACUAAAAACAUUACUAUCUCAGAGGAAUGAAGAGAUCUCAAACCUCAAUACAACUCUGGCAGAAAGCAAGGAAUCUACUCUCGCUGCAAACAAAGUAGUCAUCUCGCUCAGGCAUGAGGCUGCAUCUCUUCAGGAUGAGUUACAACAGCUAAGAGCUUCCAGUGCUGACCUUUCAAAGCAGAAAGAUGAGGCCCUUUCAGUGCAUGAAAGAAAUUCUAUGUCAUUAACUGUGGAAAUAGAAAAACUGAAAUCCCAACAUCUUCAAGUGGCUUCACAGGUCAAUGCACUGACAGAGAAUCUUGAACAACGAGAAAUGGCUCUACAUGCAAUAAAUAGUCAGUAUACUGCUCAGGUAAAACACUCAGAAAAUUUAGUUUCAGAAUUGAAGAAGUUAAGUGAUCUUAACAAAAGCCUUCAAGAGCAAAUGGAAUGCACAAAAGAAGAGCUACUGCAAAAGCUUGAUGUAUCCACUAAUGAGAAAGCAGGAUUGGAGAAAGAGGUUAAGAAACUGUCAGUUGAUAAACAAGAACUUGAAAAAAGCUACUGCAACCAGAUCCAAGUCGUGGAGCAACAGCUGCAACACCAAAUCCAGCAGCAGUCCUCAAACAUGAGCGGUGUCAUGGAGAGCAUGAAGUUGGAAAAGGAGCAUCUCCAGGUCCAGCAAAAAGAAGUUGAAAGCCUGAGAUCUGUGAAUGCUGAGCUGGCAGAAUUGAGGCAAAAAUAUGAUGACCAACAGAGGGCGAUCCAGCAAGCACAGGCCUGCAGGGAACAACUGGACAAGAAUGUCUCCACAUAUCAAGCAGAAACUGCUGAGCUCAGGGCUGAGAACAGUAGGUUGCUGUCUGAGGUUCAUACGCUAAAGGAUCAAGCCAGGAGUGUCCAAUCCCACUAUUCCUCUAAAGAGUCUGUGACGCUGCUGGGCAAGCAUGAGGGAGCCGAGCCGUUGGCGCAGCUGCAGGCUGAGAGGGUCCAGCUGCACAGCAACCUCCAGCGCUGCCUUCAUGAGAUCCAGCAGAGGGAUCUGCUCCUUCAGCAGAUCAACACUAAGCUGCAGCAGGUCUCAGAGGAGAAGGGAGGCGUCUCUGCUCAGCUGAAGGCCGUGUCUCAGACCCUGAGGGACACCCAGCUCAGCCUGAGCGAGGUGCAGAACCGCUACUACUGGCUGCAGAGCCAGGUUCAAGCCCAGCAAGCGCCCGCACACGCACAGGGUUCGGUGCGUGUAGAAGUGGCCCCAGGAGCACCGCAGGAGAGGAGCAGCGCCGUGGUGGACAUGGACGGAGUUGAAACAGGAGAACUGAGGAGCAGAUUGACAGAGGCGGAGCUUCAACUGGACACUGCCCAGCAAAGUGUGUCCCAGCUCACUGAUAGGCUGGAGGAGGAGAGGGCAAGAAGAGAGGCAGCAGAGGAAGCUCUGGGAUUGGCUGAUACAAGAAUUAAGAACAUGGAAGCUCGCCCCUCCGGAUCUCCUCAGAGAGAUUUCAGUAUCCAGCUUGAGACGGACGAAGAAUGGGAGGCCUUGAUUCUAGACCCAAAUCAACAUGUGGUGAUGCGCACGAUGAAAGGUGGAGCGCUGGCCUUCAGGCGCUGGCUCCGGGGCCGGAGUCUAUACUGCUCCAGACUGCUGACCUCCAGGGCCAAGUCCCGCUACCUGUUCCUCUCCUACCUGCUCAUACUCCAUGUGCUGGUGUUCAUGUGCCUCAGUGGUGCCCUCUAGAGGAGCUCCAGCGAACUUCACAGACUAUAGCAGCUAGAAGUUUAACCACCUGCACAUGCAUCAUCUUCAAUGAAAAGACCUGCAGAUCAAAAUACAGCAGAACAGCUCUGCUUUAUACAACACUUGGAGGGAGAUUACCCAAGUAGUCAGCGAUUAACCUGAAUGUUCAACCAUUCUUUCACUACAAAAUUGCCGCUGGUCUAAGGCACGAAUGUUGGGACCAGCCAUGCUAGUCCCAAGGAAACGGCACUAAUUUUUUUGUCUGUUGGUGUUCUCUUUAUUUAUACAACAGUUUAAAUGUGAUGUCCUUGCAUCAAAGCCCCUUGCGUUUUGGAGAAGGGGUCAAGAUUGCCCAUUGCUGCUCAGUCCCCACAAACCACAAGUCCUCACUUGUCCUAAUUUCCCCUCCCAGUACAUACACAUGUGUACACACACACACACACACACACACACACACACACACACACACACACACACACACACACACACACACACACACACACACACACACACACAGUGUCUCACAGGCAGCGGGGCUGAGUGGUCUUAACCUUGCCUCCUCCCCAGCUGCGAUGAAGCUAUGCACUGAACUCAGCCUAUUUAUUAUUUCUUAGCAAUCCAGCAGGGCUUUUUCCCUUACCCCAACCAACACCACACAUGCUGAAGGGUUACAUCAGAUGAUUCACCUGUGUAACACUUCAGCGCACUGUAUGAGGGUAUAUCUGUGUGUAUGUACGUGUGCAUAUGUCCUAUAUUUAAAAGAGAGAUGAGUGAAUGGCCAAGAAGUAUGCUAAGUCCUAUAGUGUGCUGGAAUACGUUUAGUGUAUAAAAAAGGUACAGUUCUGAUUUCUGUUGUAUGUAAUGUAAUUAAAUGCCUCUGUUUACAUGGCAACCCAUCUAAUAAUGCUGUGCCACACAGUAGGCUCAUUCCAAGGCUUCUGUGACUCUUAUGUUCCUAAUUAUAUGUAAAUAUGGUGUGAUUAAGGAAAAAAAUCUACUCUACUGUAUGUUAAAAGAAAACUGCUGUGUGCAUCCAAGAUGUCAUAUUUUCUACACAUGGUCUAUUUUCUAAGAGACUAAUCAUUAGUCAGAUAAUGUUCACUUUGAGAGAAUGUCUCACAGCUUUUUGCCUUUUUUCAAAGGCUGGAACGUGUGCAAUAAGUCUGAGGUCUUGUUUUUCUUUUCUUUUUUUCUUUUUUUUUUUGGUGUGUGGUUAAGUUAGUGGCAAAUUUUAAUAAAAAGCUAAAGUAUCACUGUA